AUGCCAAGUGGUCCUAUUAAAACUGCGCUCACGGAAACAUUUUCUGUGCAGCAUCCGAUCAUGCUUGCUGGCAUGAACGUAGCUGCUGGCCCAAAGUUGGCAGCCGCCGUAACUAACGCUGGUGGACUUGGUGUCAUUGGCGGCCUCGGCUACACUCCAAAAGUGCUCCGCCAACAGAUACGAGAAAUUAAGGAUCAGCUUACCGAUAAAAACGCCCCUUUCGGCGUCGACUUGCUUCUUCCGCAAGUCGGAGGCAAUGCUCGCAAAACCAACUAUGACUACACCAAGGGACAAUUGCCCGAGUUAUUGGAUGUUAUUAUCGAUGAAAAGGCCGCGCUCUUUGUUUGUGCGGUUGGUGUUCCGCCCAAGAGUGCGGUUGAGAAGUUACACAAGGCUGGUAUUCCUAUCAUGAAUAUGGUUGGCCAUCCAAAGCAUGUUGCCAAGGCCUUGGAGGCCGGCGUUGACAUUAUUUGCGCUCAGGGAGGAGAGGGCGGUGGACACACUGGACACGUCCCUACUAGCAUUCUUAUUCCCGCUUGCGUUGACGCAGUCAAGGGCCACAAAUCCCCAUUGACCGGUAAACCUGUAUUUGUAGUUGCCGCCGGAGGCAUAUUUGAUGGGCGCGGCCUCGCUGCAGCACUCAUGUGGGGAGCACAGGGCGUGUGGGUUGGCACGAGCCUAAAGAAAGCUGGUCACGAAGAUAUCAUGCGUACGUUGAUCUUCACUGGCCGACCGCUAAAUGUCUAUAUUACCGACUACAUCAGAGAUUGGGAGACAAAGCGUCAGGCUGAGAUUAAAGAGCUAAUUAACAAGGGAAUUAUUCCUCACGAGCAUGAGCUUGAAAAGCACCCUGAAAAGUCUCUCGCUGGCCGUCGUUUCUUGAUGGGUAAUGUUGCUGCCAUCAUCAAAGAUGUACUCCCGGCCAAGACUAUUGUUGAUAACAUGGUAUCUGAAGCUUUGGAUUGUAUCAGCCGAGCCAACGGAAUGGUCGGAGGAAAACCUAGGCUAUGA